AUGGCGGCCUCAGUGAGAGCACUUUUAAGAAAUUCAGCCUGUCAAACUCUAAAACUUCAAAAUGUUAGAACUAAUUAUAAUGCUACCAGGCCGAAUUUAAAAAUUAACAAAGACACAAAGGUUAUUUGCCAAGGAUUUACUGGAAAACAAGGAACAUUUCAUAGUGUUCAAGCUUUAGAAUAUGGAACCCAAAUAGUCGGAGGAGUAUCUCCUGGAAAAGGAGGAAAAACUCAUUUAGAAAAACCUGUUUUCAACUCUGUCAAAGAGGCUAUGCAAGCCACUGGAGCUACAGCAUCUGUUAUCUAUGUACCACCACCAGGUGCAGCUAAAGCCAUUCUGGAAUCCAUUGAAGCUGAAAUGCCCUUAAUUGUAUGCAUUACAGAAGGUAUUCCUCAAUCGGAUAUGGUUAAAGUUAAACAUCAGUUAUUACGUCAGAAUAAAUCUCGCUUGAUUGGACCUAACUGCCCUGGAAUAAUUGCAUCCGAUGAGUGUAAAAUAGGCAUUAUGCCAGGUCAUAUUCAUAAAAAAGGUUGUGUUGGAAUCGUAUCAAGAUCUGGUACUCUCACAUAUGAAGCAGUUCAUCAGACCACUCAGGUGGGAUUAGGUCAAACUUUAUGCGUUGGAAUCGGUGGGGAUCCAUUUAACGGAACGGAUUUCAUAGAUUGUCUUGAAUGUUUUAUAAAAGAUCCUGACACGAAAGGAAUAAUACUCAUUGGAGAAAUCGGAGGAGUCGCGGAAGAACAGGCAGCAGAAUAUUUAACCAAACACAAUUACGGAAUAAAAGCGAAACCCGUUGUGAGUUUCAUUGCGGGAUUAUCGGCUCCCCCGGGAAGACGAAUGGGUCACGCAGGAGCCAUAAUAUCGGGGGGUAAAGGAGGAGCUCAAGAUAAAAUAAAAGCUCUCGAAUCCGCUGGAGUGAUAGUAACAAAAUCUCCUGCCAAAAUGGGGUCUGAAUUAUUUAAAGAAAUGAAAAGAUUGGAAUUAGUUUAA